AUGAGCACUCCUGCAGCAACAACAGCCAUUACACCAUCAUCCAUCUUCAAGAAAAUCAACGUUGAUGAGAGCAGAUACGAUCAGAAUACUUAUUGGGGACGUGUUAUUCACUUCUUCAAUGUUACUGAUCCAAGAACAUUGCUCGUAACAAAUUCUACACUCAAAGGAGCCAUCUCACUUUUGGAUGAUUAUAAAGCAGAACAAGAUAUCAAAGAGUUGCAAACAAAUCCAAAAUAUGCUCCCGAUAAAAUUUAUUAUGCCAUGAAGCUCAAACAAUCAUCCAUCCAUCCCGAUACCAAGGAACCCAUCUUCCCAGCAUUCCGUAUGAGUGCUUUUGUUCCUGUAAACUUGUUGAUUGUUUCUGGAAUGUUGACUGCUCGUUCUAUUCCAAGUACAAUAUUUUGGCAAACUGUAAAUCAAACUUGUAACGUUUGUGUGAAUUAUGCCAAUAGAAAUGCUUCCAACGAAGUGAGCAACGCUACUCUUUUCAAGAAUUAUUUAGCCGCAGUUGGUAGCUCUGUAGGUACCGCAGUUGGUUUGAAUGAAUGGGUUAAACGUUCCGCAUUUAAACCAGCCAUCAAGAACACCUUGUUGAGUAUUGUACCAUUCACUGCCGUUGCUGUUGCCAACGUUUUGAAUAUUGGUAUGAUGAGAAGAGAGGAGAUGACACAAGGAAUUACUGUUUUUGACAAGGACGGAAAUGCUUAUGGAAAGAGCGCAGUUGCUGGACGUCUCGGAGUUGCUCAAACAAUUACCUCUCGUAUUCUUCUUAUUGCUCCAAGUAUGAUCGUUCAACCCAUGUUGAUGAAUUAUAUGGAAUCAAGAGGAAUUUUGAAGAGUGCCAUGUCCAAGCAAUUGGCCAAUUUGGCAUUGCUGACAGUUUUUAUUGGUGCUUUCUUGCCAUUGGGUAUCGGAAUUUUCCCACAAAUGAGUCCAAUCAAGAACACAGACUUGGAAGAACAAUUCCACAAUGCAACUAAUCCAAACGGAGAGAAGGUCACAACUUUCUAUUUCAACAAGGGAUUGUAA